AUGGCAUCUGAAAAAGUAACAGUUGAACAAGCAGUUCAAAAGUUAUCUGAAGUAAACAGCAACAAUAGUGCACGAUUGAAUAGUCUGGAAACAAAGCUGGCAGAAAUACAUGACAAUUUGAUUGAUCAAGGCAAAAAUACUACGGGUUUACCGCAGGAAAUCCUUAACCUGCAGGAAAAAAUGACCAACCAGAUAGAAGCUAUUCAAUCACAAACACAAGAAUGGCAAAAUGGGACAAUAUCAAAGUUAGAACAAAAGAAUCAAGAACUGGAACAGCUGACAAGCAACCUUCGAGACAUGAAAAUGGAAAUACAAAAAAUUUGUGAAGCUAUUACAAUGAAAACAGUAGAAAAAAGUAAUCUCAACCAAUUAAUAGAAGAAAACACCUUGACACCUCAUACACAACGAAAUUCAUUGACAAUAGACGAAUCAUUUAAUAAUGACCAACCUGAUCGACAGCAUCAAACAACAACAAUUAUUAUCCCACCAUCAUCGUCAAUACCAACGUUUAGUGGAAGUAUCAUGGAGAAUCCUCGUCAAUUUCUUAUGCGAGUCAAAGAAUAUGCAGAGACAAUAAACCAUUGGAAUGAUCAACAUUUACUUAAGGGCAUCUCACAAUUCCUGAGAGACACAGCUCUCGAAUGGUACUGCCAAUUAGGUAUUUCAAAUCGACGUCCACAAACUUGGACAGAAUUCAAUGUAAUCUUUCUCAACCAAUUCAAUUCACCAAUUCGACGAGCACAUCAAGAGCAGCAAUGGAAGAGCUGUAAACAAGAAGAAAAUGAAACAAUCAAUGAAUUUAUUGUUCGACUUCGGGCCCUCUGGCAAGAACAAAAGCCGAAUGAAACAGAAAGUGAUCUCAUUCGACACCUGCUGUGCAAGAUGAGAAACAAUUUAUUAACAAUGAUCGGUAUAUCUCGAUGUGAAUCACUAGACGAGAUUAUUUUAGAAGCUCAAAAAAUUGAAGAAAUACUCUACCAACGAAAUAAACAACGCCAAAGAACUGAUUACGAUGACGUAUUACACAAUGAUGCACCAACAACGUCAAUGUACAAUAACGAAAAUCAUCACGAGAAGAAACUGUCCAUAUCAAUACAACACCUAUCAACACCAGAAUUCGUGGCAUUACUCAAAAAACGACAAUGGAGCACAGGGUGGACGGGCCCAUGGCGCUCCAAUGUAAAAUAUCCCGUUCAACUAUCCGCCGAAAUUCAUACUAUGAACAUUUAUAAUAAUACUCCAUUAAUAUUACAAGGUAUGAUUGCAGGAAGACGAACACAACUACUUAUCGAUUCUGGAGCAUCGCUCACAUUAAUUAAUCUUCAACUCUUUCGACGAUUGCCACGGUAUUAUCGUCAAGGAGCAUAUCCCCCUCCAUCCAAUUUAUGUCUUCAAUUGGCGGAUAGAUCACAACUCGAUGUUAAAUAUGCAUUAUCACUCCCAAUAACCAUCUCCAACUCAACUCGUGUACAUAAAGUCUACGUGGUCCCAAAAUUAUGGCGUUCGUGUAUUAUUGGUAAUGAUUUAAUACGUGAACACAAUCUUCAAAUAGAUGGUGGACAACAAUAUGCAUACUUCAAAGCGAAGAAAAAAAAUACACAGCUGCAACAGGAAAGAAAAGAAACAAUUAAGAACGAGGAUGAGUAUGUGCUGAUUGCCAAUGAGCGUGUCAAGAUUUCACCAUUUCAUGCAUUUAACAUUGAAGUUAAACCAAAUAAACCAUUCUCAAUUAUAGAAGAAGAUGACAGAGAUGAAUAUGAAGUAUCAUCAAUAAAAGAAACUCCACGUGUAGCCAACGGCAUUAUUACACCAUGUGAACACAUGACACUGCAGGUGGCUAAUCUAACGGAAAGAACGAUUAUGAUCUAUAAAAAUCAGCCGCUGGCGACAAUGACUCGUCUUAAUCAAAUUCAAUUAAAUAUGAUGCAACAUGGAACAAUAUCAUCAGCAACAAAACAAACGACGUCAAAAACAGACAGUGAUGUAAGUUUAAUCAACACUGAUUUAGACGAACAACAAAAAGAACAAAUAAAACAACUUAUUCAGCAAUUUCCGGAUGUGUUUAACGAACAACCAGGAAGAACAAAAAAAACCCAACAUCAAAUCAAUUUAGUUCCAGGGGCACAGCCGUUUAAUUCACCACCAUUUCGUUAUGCACCAACAAGAAAGCAAAUAAUCGACCAGAACAUAAAAGAAAUGUUAGAUCAAGGGAUUAUUUCACCAUCAACAAGUCCAUGGGCAUCACCCGUUAUAUUAGUUCCAAAGAAAGAUGGAAACUUACGUUUCUGUAUUGAUUAUCGAAAAUUAAAUGCUGUAACAAUUCGUGAUGCAUAUCCACUUCCAAGAAUAGAUGAUACAUUAGAUUCAUUACGACAAGCGAAAUUUGUAUCAACACUCGAUUUACGCUCCGGAUACUGGCAAGUGGAAAUGGAUCAAGAUUCAAGAAAGAAGACCGCCUUUGUAACACAUAAAGGUUUAUUUGAAUUUAAUGUUAUGCCAUUCGGAUUAACUAAUGCUCCAGCAACAUUCCAACGAUUAAUGGACGUAGUGUUAGCCGGUCUCAAGUGGCAAUGCUGUCUCGUUUACAUUGACGAUGUGGUAAUUUUCUCACCAACAUUCGAACAACAUGUGAAAGAUUUAGAAAAAGUAUUCCAAGCUCUUCAAUCAGCAAAUCUGACUUUGAAAACAUCAAAAUGUCAAUUCUGCCGUCGAGAAAUGCGUUACUUGGGACACAUUAUCACUCAGAAUGGCAUUAAACCAGAUCCAGAUUUAAUUAAAUCAGUGACAAACUUUCCUCAACCGAAAAAGAUCAAAGAUGUUCAAUCAUUUCUUGGUUUAACCGGUUAUUACCGUCGAUUCAUCAAAGAUUACUCGAAAAUAGCCGAACCAUUAUUACAACAGUUGCGAAACUGUCAAAAAGGCAAUCAUCAUUUAAAAUGGUCAAAAGAAUGCACCGACGCUUUUGAAACAUUAAAACAAAGAUUAACAAAUGCACCAAUUAUGAACACACCAAAUUUCGAACAGUCGUUCAUAUUGGAGCUCGACGCUUGUGAAUAUGGCCUAGGGGCCAUAUUAACACAAGAAUAUGAUGGGGAAAAAUAUGUAAUAGCUUACGCAAGUCGAACAUUAUCAACUGCCGAAAGAAAAUAUGGAGCGACAGAGCGUGAAGCGUUAGCCAUUGUAUGGGCAACAAAAUAUUUUCGUCCAUACCUCGAAGGUAAUAAAAUUUAUAUUAGAUCAGAUUGUAAAGCAUUAGAAUGGAUGCGUACGGCAAAAGAUGUAACAGGUCGAUUGGCCCGGUGGGCGAUGAAAUUAUCUGCUUAUCAAAUUGAAGAAAUCAAAUAUCGUCCGGGAAAAUUAAACGCUAACGCCGAUUCGUUAUCACGCAAUCCAUUACCAAAUGAUGAUAUUAAUCAACUCGAAGCGUCAACAAUCGAAACAGCUGUUAACUUAUGGCAAAAUACAAACAUUCUUGACGAUGUAAGAAAAGAACAAGAAGCUGACUCCAAAUUAAAACCAAUAAUAGAAUUAUUAAAAACAAAACCAUCAACAGAUUUUAAUGAUAAACGUAAUCCCCACAUUCUUAUAAAUGGAUUAUUGUACAAAAUUAAAAACGCCAAUAAACAUUACAAUCAACGUACCGUGGGUGCAAAACAUCUGCUAAUUAUUCCAAGAGCAAUGCAAAAUAAAUUAUUGGAAUGGGCGCACAAUCAUCCAACAGCUGGACAUGGGGGCCAACAAAAAACAUUAUUUAGAUUAUCAACAAGAGUAUAUUGGAAAUCAAUGAGAAAAGAUGUAUUUAAGUAUAUAGCUGCAUGUCAAGAAUGUCAACAAUUUAAAUACAAUAAUGCUCCAACAGCAAGCCCAAUGCAAAUGCACUUAGUGAAUGAACCAUGGCACACGAUCGGCAUAGACAUUAUGGGUCCUUUACCGACAACGGCCAGACAAAAACGAUUUCUUCUCGUCGUGGUAGACUACUUCACCAGAUGGAUCGAACUAUUUCCACUGAAGUCAACUACAUCUACCAAUAUGGCCAAUAUUCUCAUGAACGAAGUAUUUUCAAGAUAUGGAUUGCCACAACACAUUGUAUCUGAUAAUGGCCCGCAAUUCGUCUCAAAUUUAUUUAAAAAUUUUUGUGAUACAUUAGGUAUUACACAAAAUUUAACUGCAAAUUAUCACCCACAAAGCAACAUGACAGAACGUGUCAAUAGAACAUUAAAGCCGUUAAUUGCCAUAUAUGCUCAACAACAACACAAUUCAUGGGACGAUGAAAUUCAAACAUUAGCAUUUGCAAUACGUACCGCGAAGAUUUCAAUCGAUUAUAAUUUGGAUUUUGUUUCACAAAAACCCGGUUAUAAUCGAACAUAA